AUGGGUAGAGAGAAGAGAACCACUGGCCAUCUUGCGGCGAGGGGAGAUCAUGCCAAAGCACGGCAUCAGAGGGAUCGCAAGGGCAAUAUCAUGGAUUGGACUGCGCCGCUCCCCGCUGGCCUGAAAGCCAAGCCUGACCGACCACAGUGUUCCUCCAAACACAAGUCCUGGUUCGAGUUCAUUGAGAACAAGGACAAGAAGAAGAAGUUGGAGAUCGAGUUCACCGAGAGUCGGGAGCCUCCGCCGGGCUUCGAGUUUGUGCCCAUUGGCAAUCCCACCUUGACUUCUGCCUGUAAAGAGCUUUCCCGAGAGCAUGGGGCUAUGAUCUUUAUCGUUACGUCUUCUAACGGCCAGUUUUCGAAGGAGCUUAGUCGCCAUUUGAACCGUGUUGGUAUUCAUGUUCGAGAAUCCAUUGUCGACCAAGCACGCCAACAGCUGGGACAAGACUCAGAACUGCCUACACCUGACACAGGCGCUGGUCAACCGGAGCCUAUCCCAGAAAAACAAGAAGACAUCAACAAGCAAGCUGACGCCGCUAUAAGGGAUCUGUUUCCGCGUAUACCAAACACUGACCGUCAAAUGAUACUUGAACACUCGUUCAACAAGACACGACUAAAAGAUAAAAAGGAUCCGCCGGUCGGUCUUGCUGCUCAUGUUACGCUUUCACGUCGUGUUCAGCUUGCUGUUCUUGCUCACAUCAGACACAACCACACGAGAUAUGACAAGCUGCUCAGAGAAACAAGCUAUGUCAAUGCUAGGAAAGCGGUUGAGGGUCUCUGUCUCGACUAUCUGGUCAAGUGGCGAGGGGAUGAGGAGACGGGUCGUGACCAGCUUGACGAAAUCCUGGCCGAAGUUGUCGUCAUUUCGGACUCGGAAAGCGAAGAUGAAGACGAGGACGACGAUGACGAUGAUGACGAAGAUCAAUCUUCUGACGCCUCUUCAGUGGAAGAGGUUUCGCCAGAUAAGCAGACUGCGCCGGUCCGAUCCACGCUGCCUACCUCAGCCCCGAAACCAUCUCCCCCAGCUGUCGAUCUCACCCAGCCCAGUCAUGUUCAAUCAGGCCCAGCAAUUUCGCGAAGGGCAACCAAGAGGAAGAAGGCCAAGAAGGAAGCCCGCAAGGAGAGACUGGCUGCAAAGAGAGCCGAACGUGGCUUCAACAGGUACCGAGCCGUUGACCAGGCCUGGAGCCAGGCAAUCGAGCGUCAGCGACUUGGAAAUGUUGAGCAUGUGCCCAGUCCUACCGCCACAGAUGGCAUCGACAGGUCAGUUGAUCGGGUACCUCAACCUUGGCAGCCUUCUGGCCAUGAGAAUAUCCGCCCCACAGAUCAAGGUAUAUACUACACCAGGGAACCAUUACAACCGGCGCGAUAUGUUUACGAAAAUGUUUCUCAACAAUCAGGGCCGCCUUACAGCAGUGUGCAGCGGCCUACUUUUGAUGAAUCAGCACCACGAGUGGGUGACCCCAAUCUUUACCGUGGACAGGAUUGGCCUGUUCAACGCCUGCCACUUAGAAACAGCUCCAGACCUAUAGUUGGGCCUCAAGCUGCUUCUCAUGCGGGCGCUGUUGUCGAACGGGUAAGACAUCACGGCGAAGACCUCAGGGACUAUCUCGUGCCGUCUGUUGAAGAAAGAUCCCCUGAUGUUGCAAAGUUCCCGUCCGAGUUUCCUAGCCAGGAUUACAGGUCGCCACGGGAGGCUCAUAACGAUAUGCCCAGUAGGCAGGUGCAUUACACACUGAAUACUCGGGAAGAGUUCAUCACGCUUCCGCCACGAAGUGAAGGCAUCCGAACCGCCACGGCGCCCGCUGCACGCCCCGAGUCUUAUAUCGUGGUUAGCUCGCAACCGCGUGGUAUGGCUCGGGCCUAUGCUCCAGUUGCGGGCACUGGUAACCCCCAUGACAUGCCCUCAUACCGUGACGAUGCCCGUCGCCUUGAUUACGGACAACCGGCCAGAGCGGAUACCCAGUCAUGGAUCAGAGAGGACAACGCUUAUCCUAGAUCGGAGGCUCGUCCGAUUGUGAUCCAUGAUUCUCCCGGACCAGUGAGGCAUGAGAGCGUAGUACCGGCGCGCUACCCUCAAGAUGCACGCCCUCCACCACCGCCUAGAAGAGAACACGAAGACGUCAACCAAUCGGGCGCUAUCUAUGUUGGGGACCGUGACAGGUGGCGUUCUGACUCUAGAAACGGCCAGUAUGUUGAGGAUCAACUGGGAGACUUUGCGGAGAUCGUAAGGGUGUCCAACAAGUUUCCAAAACGUCACGGCUCCCAGCCAGUCCCGGUAGAUGCGGAGUUGUACGACUCUCCGUCGACCCCUUCACGCCCCCAAGACUAUGGAUAUGUCUAUCGUGAGGGCGAGCGGAUCUACGACUCCCAGUCAGGUCACACGACUUACCCGCGAACCGAGCGCGUGGUCGGAAGAUAUCAGCAAUCCGUUGACCAUCGCUCUGAAGAGGUUGUAUCAGGCAUCAAACGCCAUGCCGAUGGAUAUCCAAGUGGUAGCGUGAAGCGACAGGAGAGAGUCCUUGGUAUUGAAACUGACGGACAUUUUCAACCUGUUGCUACGUACAUUCCUUUGGAUCACGACUAUCGGUACCACGGACAACCUCAAGCUACGCAUGCGCCACUGCGGACACCCAUAUACGCGCCAGUUUCUACGUACCCGCCGCAUCACUAG